AUGAGCGUUUUUCAUUUAUAUCUAAUAGUGUUAAGUGCUUUGUUUUUGCCAAUGUUGGCAGCAACCAGCACCAGCACCAGCACCAGCACUCGCACUCCACGAGCGGAAAUGAAGCAACUGAAGCAACUGUUGGCGGAUGUAAAUCAGACAACGGAUCAGCAGGAGAUGCCGGCUUUACGCUUCGCCAGGCAGUUAGGCAAUGCUCGGCGGUUCGGCGGUGGCGGAUUUGGAAGGCUUCGACAACGGUUACCCUUUGGUGGCGGCAGGUUACCUUUCCGUGGUGGCCGGUUACCUUUUAGAGGUGGCCGUCGUCGUUUUCCGCAGCAAUUUGGAUUUUUUGGCUAA